AUGUCUCUGUCCAUGCGAGCACAACAUCUCCUCCUCCUCCUCCUCUCUCUCUCAUCCCAUAUGAUACUCAGCCGCUAUAUUCGCGAUGAUGACAACACCUCGGCCGGAUCCUAUCCGCUUCUCAGCUUGGAGCAGAAGAGGGAAUCAGCGGACUUUAUUUUCAGACGAACCCUCAGAUGCCUGGACAUGUUGGCCACCGAAGGCCACUUCACCUUCACGGUGGCGGUGCCACAGCAGCUGCUUUGCGCCACCUUCAUUAUCAGCGAGCCUGGCGAGGUUAUCAGUCUGGAGCUCUCUGACGUCAACAUCGACUGCAACGCUGGCGACUUUAUCAAGAUAUUUGAUGGCUGGGUUUUGAAGGGGGAGAAGUUCCCCAGCAGUCAGGACCACCCGCUGCCUUUGCACCGGCGCUACACGGACAUCUGCUCCUCUACGGUGCCGGGCCAUGCCAUUCGCUCAUCUCAGAAUGUCGCCAUGGUCUUCUUCCGCAUUCGCAGCCCUAACAGUGGCUUCACCCUCAUUGUCAAGAAGCUGCACAACCCUUUCCCGUGCAACAUCAUGUCUCAGAGUCCCGAGGGCAGCUUCACCAUGGUGAUGCCCUAUCAGAACAGGAACUGCAGCUUCUCCAUCAUUUACCCGGUGGAGAUACAGGUGACGCAGCUCACCUUGGAACAGGACCAAAGCAACCAGCUCAGGCCCAUGGUGAGGCCAUCCUCCGGAUGUUUGGGUUCUGGUGACUACGUGGAGUUACUGGGAGGAAAUGGUGUGGACACAUCCCACAUGUUCCCUGUCGCUGAGCUGUGUUUUCCUCUCAGUGCACCUGCCCAGAUGAAAAUCGGUUGUGAUAACUCAGUGGUGAGGCUGGUGUCCAGCGGAAACUACAUCAACCGAGUGUCUUUCCGCUACCGACUACUCCAACGUAACGAGCUGCCCGAAACUCACGAGAAUAGCCUGGACAACAUGUGCAAUGUCGAAUAG